AUGCCUUUCGAUUUUAGAGGAAAGAAAGUGUUGGUAACUGGAGCAGGAAAAGGAAUAGGACGUGGAGUUGCUAUUGCAUUAAAUAAAGCUGGCAGCAAAGUGUAUGCUCUCAGUAGGACAAAAUCUACUCUUGAUAGUUUAGUGGAUGAAUGUCCGGAUAUUAUACCGAUUGUUGCUGACCUUUGUGGCUGGGAGGAUACGAGAGAAAAACUAGAAAAGAUUGAGGUUUUGGACGGGCUGGUUAACAAUGCUGGUAUAGGAGGUCACGACUACGAUGCUGUUGAUUGUCCUAAAGAAUACAUAAAACAUAUACUGGACAACAAUCUACUUAGUGCAAUAAAUUGCUCGCAGGUUGUUGCAAAGAAAAUGAUUGAAGCAAAGGUGAAAGGGGCAAUAGUUAAUUGCUCAAGCACAGGAAGUUUGGCUGCUUUCCCAAAAGGCCUUCCGUAUAAUGUUUCAAAAGCUGGUAUGGAUAUGGUAACAAAGCAGUUCGCACUGGAGCUCGGACCUUACGAAAUUCGUGUCAAUUCAGUUAAUGCCGCCCUUGUUAGUACGCCAUUAGUUCAAAGUCUUAUUGAAAGGGGCACAUUGUCAGAAAAUACUUUCUCCUCUAGGAUGCCAAUGGGAAGAAUUCUGACCCUGGAAGAAAUUGUUGACCCGAUUUUGUACCUCCUUAGUGAACAUUCAGCUAUGGUCACAGGUCAGAUGCAUGUUGUAGAUGGCGGUUGCAUGUCUAAUAUUACUGUCAAAGUGUAA